AUGAUGGUUCCCCGGGCAUACCUCUACAACUCCCACCCCUCCAGUACAUCUACAAAACACAACGAUGAGAUAACAAUGCCCAUCUCCGUGGCAGAGCGUGUCUCGAGAAAGGACAAGGCUCCAAAAUCAGGCAUGCCGCCAAAAGUGCUCACACCCCAGUCAACCACGAAACCAGUCGUAAUCCCCACCAAGACUAGGAAUGGAGACCGAAGGAAAAGCAAGGACUCCAUGUCCCGAGACCGAACACGGAAAGACAUUAGCAGCCCGCACGAUUCGUCCUCGACGCCUUCGUCUGUUGCAGCCUUACUUGCCAUGACCUCGUUGCCAGAGCCAAAGUAUCACCCUCGCGCAGAAAAUUGGCGCAAAGGAUCGAUUCGUGCUGGAAGUGGGAAGCAGGACACAAGGCUCAAAGAGAUCCCGAGGCGCGCAUUUUCAUCGUGUAGCCCCCAGUCGUGGGGCAUGUUACUCGGCCCACCAGAAGGGUCCGAACCGGAAAGCUGCAGCUUCGAGAGCGACACGACUUUGGGUCCGUUAUCGUCGGUCCGAUCCAUGUCCAGCGAGUCGAUGCCAUCUCUGGGAACGGAUACGGAGUCACUGAACUCGGCCGGUGACCCGGCAACGCCUGAGCUAGCAAUCGGCAGCCGCAGCGGAUGUGAUAGACGCCAGAAAUGUAUCUCUGCAUCCAAGGGCGAGGAUUGCGUUCUCGAUCAUCCGCUACUGCCUCAAGUGGCUAGGAGGGACCUGGGGAACCAAUCUUGUGAAGGCUUUUCAGACGAAUUGUCCCCAGGGCCCACACAUGCAGCAAGAAGCAGAUCCUCGUUCAAAUCCAACUUGACAGCAUCGUUCCGGAGAAUACGGUCUGCCGCCCAAUCCUUCCCCACGUUUGCCGCGCCUGCCGUUCCUCCGGAUGAUUAUCUAUCUCGAUCUCUACUAUCCAUCUCCCCACAAUUCACCGACGAGAGACGGCCUCUGCCGUCUGACGACACGCCUGACCCAGCCUUACGACGAUAUUUGAACCCCAUCACAGUAUCGCCCUCGGAACUCCAUUACCACCUCGAAAAAGAGAGUCCUUGGUCAUCACAGUCCGAUUGCAAAGCAUCCAUACAAUUACAAACCUACCGCCGAAGGGAGGGAGGCUCCGACAAGGCCUCCUCGCCUCCCGUUUUCACCUCCCAGCAGCAGGCGCUUGAUGCCACAGACGGCGUCCCGCCUGUGUCGCUUCCUCGUCAGCGAGAGCCUCGGGAGAACAGCCAUUUCCUUCGUGUCAUCGUGCUCGAGAUGAACAUGCGGAAAGUGGGCAAACUGAGCGACGCUAGCCCGGGCAGGGCAAGAUUGUGGUUGCCGGCUCGGCAGACCGGGAAGAUGGGAUUGGAAGAGGAGGCUGGAAAAGAUGAGAAGAAGGGGACGCCGCAACGUUGGGCGGGCGUCCAGGCGUGA